ACUUCGUCUAUUUCUCUAAUCUAGUCCAGUUUGUUUUUAUUCAUGUCUAUUCGCCCUUUGUGUGAUAAAUAAUUUAUUCAAUUUAGUUUAUUUCCUAUUAUAGAACAUGUGGUUUUUGUCUUUGGCAUUUUUCUUAUAAUUUAUCGCUUUUAAACCGUCAUGAUUAGCAUUGUAGGUAGAGUUAUUAGAAACAAUCAUUUUUCAGGUUUGCAGAUCAAGAACCUGACAGAAUGUAUAUCAGCUCUCACUCUGACAGCUGCACAGUCUGUUGCUUCAACUCAUUACCAAAUAAGGCCAGCAACUACCAGCUUUUUCAACAAACUGCCAGCUGAGCAGAUCUGGAAGGGAGUAACAAGUGUGAGUAAUGCCGGACGAAAACGAGGACGAGCAUCCGGUGGUCGUAAGAAGAUUGCCAAAAACUUGAAUAGAGGGCAAGUCAUUGGAAUGGGUAAGGCAAACAUCCUGUGGCCAGGCUUGAACGCUCCAGUGUUCCGAGGAAAGGAACUGGUCAAGCAACAGAAGUUGCCAGAAGAUCCCGACAGAGAGGCAAAACUCAUCAAGAUUCGCAGUGAGAUGGGGGUGUUUCGCCCUCUCAAGUUGAGCCCCAUAGAGAGAGGAUGGUCAGGAGCUAAGGUACCUGGACGAAGCAUUGGACCUCCAGAUCCCGUAGGGGAAGAUAACUUCGAAGGAUUUGACACAAGAGUCAUAGAGUACAAAUCAGUAUUCAACAUGACGGGGAACCUGGGCCGUAAAAGGCGGAUCAGUGCGUUUGUGGUGACAGGUAACAGUCAGGGCAUGGCAGGGUUUGCUCUGGGCAAGGCCAUUGAAGGACGAGUUGCCAUGACCACGGCCAAGAACCGGGCUGGUCAGAAACUGAUAUUCAUUGAGCGCUACAACGAUCACACAGUGCUGCACGACUUCUUUACACAGUUUGGGAAGACGAAGAUCUACGUGAAGAAGAAGCAUGAAGGCUACGGUUUGAAGUGUCACCGUGCCAUCAAAACCAUGUGUGAAGUCAUAGGUAUCAAGGACCUGCACGCGAAGGUGGAGGGACCUACAAACGUUCAGCACAUCGUCAAAGCUUUCUUCCUUGGGCUUUUGCAACAGAAAACACACGAGCAACUUGCAGAAGAGACGGGUCUACAUCUGGUGGAGUUCAGGAAGGAGAACCUGGACUGUCCCGUGGUGAUGGCAUCCCCUCAGAGUGUCCGGGAGCAUUUGCGAGAUACCCCUGACUUUCUUCAGUACGUGAUGGAUAACCGUGUUGUGUUGGAGAGGAAGAAGUGGCCACCGUUCUAUGCAGAAUACCCAGGCCACAAGAAAUACCUUUGGAACUGUGAGAAACGAAGGACUCAUCACAAGUCUAGGCUACAUAUGAUGGCUGAGUACGGAUCAGUCCGUAGUUUUCUGUCUGAGAAACAUCCAGAGUGUGCCAUUGACUACCAUAUCAAGACUAGAAACAAGGCCAAAGAGGAAGAACAGCAGUAGUUUUAAAAUAUUGUAAAUAAACUUUGUUUAAUUAUUAUACAA